AUGGUUGUUGAUAUUUGUGCUGAUCACCCCAGUGCCUUUUGGAAUCGCAAAAAGCAUAUUGUUACUCUUCCAUAUGAAGAUACUUUCUCUGAGGAUAAUAUCCCAACAAAAUCUCGACCUUGUCAGAUGAAUGUUGAGUUAGCUGAAUUCUACAAAAAAAAGAUUGAUAAUCUAUUACAGAAAGGUUUGAUAAAGCCUUCAAAAUCCCCAUGGUCUUGUACCACUUUUUAUGUUAAUAACGUAGCAGAAAAGGAACGAGGAGUUCCCAAGGUUGAUCCUCCAUGGAAAAUAGCCAGAGAAAAAGGACAGGGUAGAUCAGGAGAAAGAUAA